GAGAAAAAAAGCUUGGGCGGUGUGGCAGAGGAGGAAUGCAAUGAAUGGCUUCGCCUUUCUUCCCCUCGAAACAAGCAAAACCGGACGGUCUAAAACGUUGGGCACCGUCAGCCAGUGAGGGUAGGUAAAAGGACCACGCUGUCACCUGCCUUUCAAGUUUCUAACUCAAAGGCCUCUUCUCUACCUUCCUAAUCCUGCCCUCCCCUCCUCUCUCUACCGGGCUUACUGUAAAAUGUGCAAAAGAAACGCAAAAAAUGGUCGGGAGAGAUUGUCGGUCAGAAACAGAGGGAGGGAAUGGCACGCCCUUCCAAGUCAAAUCAGCCGCGUUGGCUGGCUGCUUAUGCGCCGCUCUCUCGACAAAAACUGGUUUUUAUUAAAGUAGCUACUCCUCCUCUAUUUCCUCCCGAUCUAGCAACCAAGUGAAAAGUUUGAAAAACCAUGGGAGCUUGACGUUUGACGUCGCUCUUCAAGUUUCAUCCAUAUAUAUUCAUUUGGUUGUCGCUACUACCCCUCCUGAAGCUUUCCCGAGCACACAGCUCCAACAGAAACGCGAAGGGGGUGAAAAUAUUAAAAGACGACUGCCUCUCCACUUCGUUUCCAAGCGCGGCCCUUUUCGCGUCAUUAUUGCUCAUUGAUUUCUUGUUUAAUAAUCCACCAAGGGGUGCAAUUUUCUCCGCCUUCCCUCGUCUCCGUCUCCGUCGCCGUCUAGUCCCCGAUCUCCUUUUGGGACUCGUCUCUUCUACCGCUGUUUGUUAACACCAUCUGCUCGGGCAACCAGCAGUGAAGGAGGAGGAAGAGGAAAAUCAGUGGGGAGAAAGAUGCAGGCUACACAUCUGUUGCUCGAAGAACCCAUCAGGAUGGCUUCCAUCCUGGAGCCUUCUAGACCGACUUUCUUUCCUGCGAUGACGAAGAUCGUUGGGACGCUUGGACCCAAAUCCCGGACAGUCGAAGUGAUCUCAGGCUGCCUCAAGGCUGGCAUGUCCGUUGCGCGUUUCGACUUCUCAUGGGGCGACGCCGAUUACCACCAAGAGACUCUGGAGAACUUGAAGAAAGCAGUCAAAGCCACCACAAAACUUUGCGCGGUUAUGUUGGACACUGAAGGUCCGGAACUGCAAGUGGUCAACAAAAGUGAGAAGGAGAUUGUGCUGAAAGCGGAUGCCUCAGUUAUUUUAACGCCAAACCAGGACAAAGAUGCAUCCUCAGAACUGUUGCCUAUAAAUUUUAACGGCCUUGCCAAGAGUGUUAAAAAAGGUGAUGUCAUUGCCAUCAGCCAGUACCUUUUCACAGGAAGCGAAGCCACUACUGUUUCACUUGAGGUGUCCGAUUUGGAAGGGGAUGAUGUAGUGUGUGUGAUCAGGAACGAUGCUACACUGAACGGUUCACUGUUUACACUCCAUCUUGCUCACAUUCGUGUUGACUUACCAACUCUGACUGAUGCAGAUAAGGAAGUCAUAAGCACAUGGGGUGUUCGGAACAAUAUUGACUUUCUUUCACUAUCUUAUACACGUCACGCAGAAGAUAUCCGUCAUGCUCGUGAUUUCCUUUCUAAGCUGGGUGAUCUUCGUCAGACCCAGAUUUUUGCAAAGAUUGAGAAUAUAGAGGGUUUAACCCAUUUUGAUGAGAUUUUACGAGAAGCUGAUGGUGUCAUUGUUUCUCGGGGUAGUCUUGGUUUAGAUCUUCCACCUGAGAAGGUGUUUUUAUUUCAGAAGGCUGCUGUUUACAAGUGUAACAUGGCUGGAAAGCCCGCUGUAGUUACACGUGUUGUAGAUAGUAUGACAAACAACCUUAGACCAACACGUGCUGAGGCAACUGACGUGGCCAAUGCGAUAUUAGAUGGUGCCGAUGCAAUUCUUUUGGGUGCCGAAACUCUCCGUGGGUUGUAUCCUGUUGAAACCAUUUCUAUAGUUGGCAAAAUUUGUGCUGAGGCAGAAAAAGUUUUCAAUCAAGACCUCUAUUUCAAGAAGACUGUAAAAUACGUUGGAGAACCAAUGUCACACUUAGAGUCCAUUGCUUCUUCGGCUGUGCGUGCAGCCAUCAAGGUCAAGGCUUCUGUCAUUAUUUGCUUUACAUCAUCUGGAAGAGCUGCAAGAUUGAUUGCGAAGUACAGACCAACUAUGCCUGUACUGUCUGUGGUCAUACCACGUCUCAAAACAAACCAGCUGCGGUGGAGCUUUACUGGUGCUUUUGAGGCUAGGCAAUCUCUGAUAGUAAGAGGUCUUUUCCCUAUGUUGGCUGAUCCGCGUCAUCCAGCGGAGUCAACCAAUGCUACCAAUGAGUCGGUUCUUAAGGUUGCGUUGGAUCACGGGAAGGCAUCAGGUAUCAUCAAGUCACAUGAUCGCGUUGUCGUUUGUCAAAAGGUCGGUGAUGCAUCUGUGGUGAAGAUUAUAGAGCUGGAAGAUUGAGUUUCAUGCUUUAUUCUGCCUGUUAGUUCCACCGUCCAGUGGUUAGGGUUUCAGGCCCUUUCCGACAAAUUUUGUAUGUUCUAAGCCAUCAAUAACAACGGCAGUCCGUGAGAGCUUGCCUGAUUUUGAUGUUACUCUUUUUUUUGGUCAAAUUGAUGUUACUCUUUUCACAGACAAUUAUAUGACAAUUAUAUAGCGUUUAUAGGCUGCAA